UUUUUUUAUAUAUAAACUCAAAUUACACUAAAAGGUAUAAGCGAAAUUUACGAUUUAUUGCUUUUAAAAUAAUUCUAGUGUCGCUGGAAUAAUGUCUGAUACUGAAGACAAUAACGUUGUUCCAGAGGGAUGGGAAAAGAGAACAAGUCGAUCAACCGGCAAAACGUAUUAUUUAAAUAUUUAUACAAAAGAGUCACAGUGGAAUUGUCCUACAAGCCCGGCUCAACCCGCAGGUUCCGGGGGUCCUUCGCAAGUUCAAUGCUCACAUUUACUUGUAAAGCAUUCUGGUUCUAGAAGGCCAAGCUCAUGGCGUGAAGAAAACAUUACACGAAGUAAGUCGGAAGCCAGAGAAAUACUUGAAAAAUAUAAAAAACAAAUUGAAAGUGGCGAGGCAACAUUAGAAGAUUUAGCACGAAAAUACUCUGAUUGUAGUUCAGCGAAAAAGGGAGGUGACUUAGGUCCUUUUGGGCGUGGUAUGAUGCAAAAGCCAUUUGAGGAAGCGUCAUUUAAUUUAGAAGUUGGCCAGAUGUCAGAAAUUGUUGACACAGAUUCUGGAUUGCAUUUAAUUCUACGUACAAAAUGAAUUUUUUAUCACAGUUAAGAAAAAUAUUUUUAAAUGUUCACCAUUUACUUAAUAAAACAUCAAUUAUUCGUAA